AUCCGGGCAGCUCCACGCGCGGCCGGGGCCUGGCGGAACCUAGAACAAGCCGGGUCCGCGCUGCGACGCGCCGCCCGCAUGGAACCCGCCGCCGGCUUCCUGUCCCCGCGCCCCUUUCAGCGUGCGGCCGUCCCGCCCGCGCCACCCGCGGGGCCCGGGCCGCCUCAGAGUGCCCUGCCGGGACCUGAGCUGGAGAUGCUGGCCGGGCCGCCGGUGCCGGACCCUGUGCGCCUCAUCACGGACCCGCGCAGCGGCCGCACUUACUUCAAAGGCCGCUUGUUGGGCAAGGGGGGCUUCGCCCGCUGCUACGAGGCCACUGACACAGAGACCGGCAGCGCCUACGCGGUCAAAGUCAUCCCGCAGAGCCGCGUCUCCAAGCCGCAUCAGCGCGAGAAGAUCCUAAACGAAAUUGAGCUUCACCGAGACCUGCAGCACCGCCACAUCGUGCGUUUUUCGCACUACUUCGAGGAUGCUGACAACAUAUACAUUUUCCUGGAGCUCUGCAGCCGAAAGUCCCUGGCCCACAUCUGGAAGGCCCGGCACACCCUUUUGGAGCCUGAGGUGCGCUACUUCAUGCGACAGAUCCUCUCCGGCCUCAAGUACUUGCACCAGCGGGGCAUCUUGCACCGGGACCUCAAGCUGGGAAAUUUUUUCAUCACUGAGAACAUGGAACUGAAGGUGGGGGAUUUUGGGCUGGCAGCCCGGUUGGAGCCCCCGGAGCAGAGGAAGAAGACCAUCUGUGGCACCCCCAACUAUGUCGCUCCAGAAGUGCUACUGAGACAGGGCCAUGGCCCCGAGGCAGAUGUGUGGUCACUGGGCUGUGUCAUGUACACACUGCUCUGUGGGAGGCCCCCUUUUGAGACGGCUGACCUGAAGGAGACAUACCGCUGCAUCAAGCAGGUUCACUACACGCUGCCUGCCAGCCUCUCACUGCCUGCCCGCCAGCUCCUGGCUGCCAUCCUUCGGGCCUCACCCCGAGACCGCCCCUCGAUUGACCAGAUCCUGCGCCAUGACUUCUUUACUAAGGGCUACACCCCUGACCGGCUCCCUGUCAGCAGCUGUGUGACAGUCCCAGACCUGACACCCCCCAACCCGGCUAAGAGUCUGUUCGCCAAAGUGACCAAGAGCCUCUUUGGCAGGAAGAAGAAGAGUAAGAACCAUCCCGAGGAGCGGGAUGAAGUCUCCUGCUUGGUGAGCGGCCUCAUGCGCACGUCCAUUGGCCAUCGGGAUGCCAGGCCUGAGGCUCCAGCAGCUUCUGGUCCAGCCCUUGUCAGCCUGGUAGAGACAGCACCUGAAGACAGCUCUCCCCGUGGGACACUGGCGAGCAGUGGAGAUGGGUUUGAAGAAGGUCUGACUGUGGCCACAGUGGUGGAGUCAGCCCUCUGUGCUCUGAGAAACUGCGUGGCCUUCAUGCCCCCAGCGGAACAGAACCCGGCCCCCCUGGCACAGCCAGAGCCUCUGGUGUGGGUCAGCAAGUGGGUUGACUACUCCAACAAGUUUGGAUUUGGAUAUCAACUGUCCAGCCACCGUGUAGCUGUGCUGUUCAACGAUGGCACGCACAUGGCCCUGUCGGCUAAUAGGAAGACUGUGCACUACAACCCCACCAGCACAAAGCACUUCUCCUUCUCUGUGGGUUCUGUGCCCCGGGCCCUGCAGCCUCAGCUGGGCGUCCUGCGGUAUUUCACCUCCUACAUGGAGCAGCACCUCAUGAAGGGUGGAGAUCUACCCAGUGUAGAAGAGGUGGAGGUGCCUGCCCCACCCUUGCUGCUGCAGUGGGUCAAGACUGAUCAGGCCCUACUCAUGCUGUUUAGUGAUGGCACUGUCCAGGUGAACUUCUAUGGGGACCACACCAAACUGAUCCUCAGUGGCUGGGAGCCCCUCCUUGUGACCUUUGUGGCCCGGAAUCGCCAUGCUUGUACUUACCUCGCUUCCCACCUUCGGCAGCUGGGCUGCUCCCCAGACCUGCGGCAGCGGCUCCGUUAUGCUCUGUGCCUACUCCGGGACCAUAGCCCAGCCUAGACCCUAACCUGCAGAGCAGACGACAACCCAAACCCUCAGGCCUGAGGCCUGUGCCAGUGAGGCUAUGGCCCUUGCCUUUGUGGCCCUCCAUGUCCCUUUGGUGCCUCACUGGGGGCUCUGUGCCUAGUCCCCCAGGGAAUCAGGGACCAGCUUUACUGGAGUUGGGGGCGGCUGGAACUCGCUGUCACCUACCUUGUCUCCGAGAUAAGCCUGAGCCUUAGCCUCCAGCUCGGGGGCAUUAUUUAUGGACCACUUUUAUUUAUUAACAGACUUUUAUUUAUUGGGAUG